ACCAUUUCAACUUCAAUGGGGUAGAGACUUCCCAAGGAUACAAGAUAGAACGGAACAAUCUUUCAUGGGCUAGCUAAUCUAAAAUAUAUUUUUUAAUUUUCAAAGUAGCCCGGUGUUCACUGCUAAGAGAUCUUGCAGAGUGGGAUAAGGAGGGUGCGCUCACACACAAGGCGGAGCCACAUGAUGCUCGGAGUGACUGCUGGCGGAGCCACAUAAUGCCCGAAGUGACUGCGGGCAGAGCUAUAUAAUGCUCAGAGUGACUGCGGUCGCUCUCUCUCACACACACACAAGUGGAGAGAGUAGGUUAACUUCUGAAUGAUUGAAUGAAGUGGUCGAAUAAUACGUGACCAAAAAUCUCAAGACCAACCGAUCUGUAAAUAUGUAAACGGCCCGGACUACACCUUGAAGAAUAUUAUUGAAUGGAAAACAUGGAAUUCCCGAUCACAAACAGGAAGAAACUGUGUUUUUACGCGCUGCUGUGGUCACUUGUUAGCCGACUGACACUGGGAGCCUCGGUUUACGGUGAUGGCUAUGUGCAGCUCAAGGCGGUGGAGUCGUCGAACCGUAACUCCCUGCGUGUUCGCUUCCGUACCUCCAGCCCCCACGGCCUGCUCUUCCUCGCUGCCGGCCAUACAGACUACCUUCUACUGGAGCUGAACUCUGGUUGCCUGCAGGUGAAGCUGGACUUGGGGUCUGGUGAGUGUUUGCUACGAUCUGAGAGUAGCACCCAGCUAAAUGACCUGGCCUGGCACACUGCUGAGCUCCUCCACGACCGCCACAAUGUCACCCUGACCGUGGACCAGCACUCCCACACCAGCCUCAGGAUGCCAGGGCAUGGGUCUCAGAAACAGGAGCUGAGCAUCCAGGAAGGGCUGUACAUCGGCGGCUCUGGAGGCCUGGACAAGCUCUACCUCCCCAGUGACCUGACUGGUUUCCGGGGGUGUAUGGACGAGGCUGUCUUCAACGAGCACGAUAUGUUAUUGUCGUUGAGGCCUGACGCAGGAUUCAAGAGCGUCUAUGAGGUUUAUUUGGGCUGUAGUCCCCAGUUCUUCGCUAACGAGGAGGACCCUGUUAGUUUCUUUAGUUCUAGAGCGUAUGUCUCCCUGCCACCCUGGAAUAUAUCCCACGUCCAGCAGGAGGCUCUGUUUGAGUGUGUGGUUCACACUUCAGCUAAAGAGGGGAUCAUCCUGUAUACCUCGGCCAGACAGGGGGGCUUUGUGGCAGUUGAGAUCCAAGAGGGGUUGCCUGUGGCCCUCGUGGGUAAAGGAGGCACCAAAACAGAACUCCGCUCCCUUACCUUCGUCAAUGACAGGAACUGGCAUUCAAUCAAACUGUUCUUCAGCCCCAAGACCCUCCAGCUGACAGUGGAUGAGGAGACGGUAAAGACUAGCAUCAGCUCUCGCUCCAAGGGACUACAGCUGAGGGGUUCUGUCUUUGUUGGGGGCAUUGACGACAGCACGCGCUCAGAAGUCCGGAAGAUGGGUCUGGUGUCUGUGUCAGGGAAGAGGGUCAGAGGAGGCUCGUUCAAGGGCUGUCUGAAGGACAUGAAAGUCAACGGGGUGAAGAUGGGUCUGCCCAAUGCUGCUGUCACGAAGGAUAUCUCUGUGGGCUGCGGGCCAGAGAAAGAACCAGAGCCCUCGACCAUGAUGAGUCCAAUGACUCUUCCGACUGUCCCCAAGUCCCACUUCGAUCCCACUUCCUUCACCCCCACACCAGAAUUCCCAUUGUCCACUCUGGACAGGGGGUUGGACAAGAGGUACGGGAUGAACUUCGUGCUGCUUAGGAACCUUGUGGUGCCGGAGGGAGGACGUGGAUCUCUGGAAUCCAAACACAUCAAGGUUCUUCUGGACUUCAAGAAGCUCCGAAUACGGCAGUCCCAGAUCAUGUUCCGGAUCCAAGAGCAGCCGGUGCAUGGUCAGAUCAGACUGGAUGUAGACCAGGACCAAGAGGAGAACACCUUCAGCAUGCUGGACCUGUGGUACGGCAAGGUGAUGUACAUCCACGGAGGAUCAGAGAACCCAGAAGACUUCUUCACCUUUUCUAUCUUCUCCAGCAGCAGGAAGGAGGUUCCUGACUACCUGAAAGGGACCAGGAGGUACCGCUACAACAUCACAGUGAUGCCCAUCAACGACGCCCCAGAGCUCAGCCUGCCCCAGGGGAACCUUUUCAUUCUGUUGGAUAACUCUAGAAAACACCUGACCACGGAGGUGUUGAAGGCCACAGACAUCGACAGCAAUCACACCAACCUAAUCUUCUCCGUCCUGGGGAAUCUGAACACUGACGCAGGUUACCUGGAGGUGGAAGACAACCCUGGCGCUGCAGUGACCACGUUCUCCCAUUCUGACCUAAAUGAAGGGAAGGUGAACUACGUCCACACUGGGGCGAGGAACUCCAGGAUCGUCCUGAGCGUCAGUGAUGGAGACAAGGUGAGCAAUACGGUUGUGCUUAGGAUCAUGGCCAUAGGGUUGGAGUACAAGAUCGGCAACAACACCGGGCUUGAGAUAACUCAGGGUGAGGUGUUUGUGAUCAGUAACAAGCACCUGGCCGUUCAGACCAAUGCUGUGAAGCAGGUGGUGGACAUCCGAUAUGAUGUUGUCGAGCCCCCUCAGUACGGUGAGUUGCAGAGGCUUCACUCCAGCGGAGAAUGGAAGCCCACCGGUUCCUUCUCCCAAAGGCUACUGGAGAAAGAACGCCUUCGUUACCUCAGCACUUUCCAAGAAAUCCAGACAGCAAAUGCUACGGAUUACUUCAAAUGCAAGGUCACUGUAGCUGGUAGGGCCUAUACUGAACUGGUCUUCCCCAUCACUGUGAAGUGGGUACAUUAUAACCUAGUAAGGAACGUAAUGGCCGACAUUGAUAAAGUUCGGAAAGUGACGUUGGACUCGCAGUAUCUUUAUGCCACGGUGGACGUUGUGACACUAUCAGAGGAUGAUCUGCACUUCAGAGUUCUCUCCUCGCCGAAGAAAGGAAAACUUCUGCUCGUUAGCGAGCUACUGAAGAAAAACUCAACAUUCAGCCAAAGGAAUGUCACUGAUCUAAAGGUACAAUACGAACUGGUCGACAGACCGUACGAAGACACGAGCGACACGUUUAAAUUCCAAGUGUUCUCCAAACAUGCUCAAACACAAAGUUACGAUUUCCAGAUCUCAAUAAAAGCCGAUGUCAAUAGCGUAUUUAUAAGAAAUGAUGGACUUUUGAUUAAGGAGGGAGAGAGUAAACUCAUCACAAAGGCCGAGUUGUUUGCAGAGACUCACAGCACCAAGGAGAUGUACUACACUGUCACAAGUAGCCCCAAACACGGGAAGCUGCAACGCAUCAACCUGUCCAACUCUAACGCCAGUUACAACAUCAUCCAAACGUUCAGCAAUCAGGAUCUCUUGGAGGAGCGCGUCAUGUUCAUUCACGACGACACAGAGACCACUCAGGACCAGUUCACAUUCAUAGCCUCCACUAGUCAGGAGUCCAAAUCCUCCGUCACGGACGAUGAAGUCGGCUCUAAAGAAGGGACGUUCAACAUCUCCAUCCAGCUAGUUAAUGACGAGAAGCCAGUGCGCGUUGUCGAUAAAGUUUUCCAUGUGGUGAGGGAUGGGCAGCGGUUGCUCACCCUGGACGAUCUCUGUUACCAUGAUGCAGACUCGGACUUCAGCGACGGGCAGUUAGUCUACACGCGACGGGGAAUCCCGAUGGGAGACCUGGUUCUGGUGAACGACACCUCUCACAGGCUGUUCCAGUUCACCCAGAAGGAGCUGGAAGAGAAGAGAGUGCUGUUCCUCCAUCGAGGCGUGAGCUCCGGACGUUUCGUGCUCUUCGUGUCCGACAGGAAACACUUUGUCUCCACUCUGCUAGACGUCACUGCCGAAGACCCUUUCCUAAGACUCGGCAACAACACAGGUCUGUUAGUCCAGAAGGGAAAGGAAGUGACCCUAACCACAGGUAACUUCAGCGUGCUCACGAACCUCGACAUCCGAGACGACAGCGAGGUCACAUACAAGGUGUCCGAGCCGCCUAGAAACGGCGGGCUGUAUCGCCACGGCAACAUCUCCAUGCAGUCAUUCACCCAGCGCGACCUGAAGAAGGGCCUUGUUUCGUAUCGCCACGAUGACAGAAAGAACCCGGCGGACUCUUUCAACGUGACGGUGAAGGUUAAAGGUACUUAUCUGAACGCCAGAGUCAACGUUAAGGUUUACCUGGACAGCCAACAGAGGCCCCCUAUCCUCCAGCACAACAACACUUUACUGGUGGAGGAGAGCAAGCCUGUGAAGAUUGACCAGAGUAGACUGGAGGUCAUCCACGAGGACAACUUGCCGUCUGAGAUUGUAUUUACAGUUAAGGUGGCCCCGCUACACGGGUUCAUCCGGCGCUUCGUGGAGGCUGAGGAGCAGUACGUUGGAACAGAACAGACACCUGUCCAAACCUUCUCCCAGGAAGACGUAAACGCUGGCAACGUCCAGUACAUGCAGACAGCCCCCGGCCAGGUCACAGACACCUUCCUAUUGGAUGUCUCCAACGGGGUCACGGAGGUCAACAAUAUCAGCAUGUCCGUCGCCCACCUCAUCCCUCUACAGGUGUUGAACUUCACCCUCCGAAAGGGCGGGUCCAAGGCUUUGACCCAGGAAGUGCUCAGGGUGACCAACCAACAUUUUUCUGGCCUCAAUUUCCUGUAUAGCUUGUCUGAACCCCCGCAGAAUGGCCACAUUGAACAUUCAGGUUACCCCGGGGUUCCUCUAUGGGUUUUCACCAGACGCCAGGUGGAGCAGGGGGUAAUCUACUACAUUCAUGACAGCAGUGAGACGUUGGAAGACAACUUCACUGUGGUGGCCAACGACACAGACCUGAGGAAACAGAGCUCUCCCUGUACCGUGUACAUCCAGGUCACGGCCGUCAACGACCAGCAUCCAGUCAUCACCACCAACAGGGUUCUCAGGGUGUGGGAGGGGUCGGUGACAGAGAUCCGCCCUGAGAAUUUGGACGCCCAGGAUGAGGACACGCCCCCUGAGGAGCUGCAGGUGAUCGUGACUCCGCCCAACAAUGGCCACCUGGCGCUGAAGAGCGCCCCCACCAGGCCACUCCUGAACUGUACCCUACAACACAUCCAUCUGGGACAGCUGUUGUUUGUCCACACUGGUGCCAUGUCGGGAGGGUUCAACUUCCAGGUGAACGACGGAGUGAACUUUUCCCCCCGCCAGAUCUUCAGCAUCACAGCCAGCACCCUGGUCCUCAGUCUGGAGAACAACCAGCCCCUCAAGGUGUUCCCAGGCUCUACAACACCAAUCGCCAGGGACGAUUUGCAGGCAGUGACCAAUGACAAGAGAUCCAACCGUACCAUUAUCUUCAACGUGAUUCGUCGACCCGAACUCGGAAGACUGGUGACGCUGCUUGGUAAUAACUCUACUGUAGAUGUCUCCUCCUUCACACAGACAAUGGUGGACCAGGGGGAGGUUUUGUACAUCCAAAGUUUUGUGGAGUCGGUUGGAUGGUCUGCCAUGGACUCAAUGACCUUCUCGGUGUUUUCACCACCGGCUCUCCUGGAGACCCAGAUCUUCAGGAUGGACAUCUCCUAUGAGAAUGCUGGAACCGACCGCAAAUCAUUGCUCCUCGCUAACACAGGUGCAGUGGUGACAGAGGGUGCCAGUGUUGUCAUCGACAAGUCCAAGCUGGAUGCGUCUAACCUAAUGUUCAAGCUGCCCACGCCCCAGCGCAACUCCCAUGAGGUCUGGUUCCAGGUCAUGUCUCUACCCCGGCAUGGCGUUAUCGUGGUGGGAGAGAGGCACCUCAGUGUGGAGAAACCUAACUUCUCCCAGUACAUCCUCGACGAGUAUGGCAUCACGUACCGCCACGACGACUCUGAGACGCGCCAUGACAGCUUUGUCUUCGACGCCUGGCUGAACCCCAAGGGAAAGCCGGCCCAGCGCCCUCUAGACGUCAGCCAGGUGCUAGAAGAGUGGUUCAACAUCACAGUGGUCCCGAUCAACCACCAGCCACCCGUCCUGAACACCAAAGCCCCCAGCCUGAGUGUGGUACAGGGGGACAUAGUGGCCCUGGGGCUGCAGAACCUCAAUGUGGAAGAUCUGGACAACCCUUCAGAGGACAUCCAGUACACUGUCGUCAGCAAGCCCGACAACGGCUAUCUGGCCCUGGGAGGAAGCCUGAAUGAGUCUGUGGUGUCCUUCACUCAGGCUCAGAUCAACAGUGGGAAGGUUUACUUUGUCCACGAUGGAAGCCAGGCUUCGGGGGUCUUCUAUUUCAGUAUCUCGGACGGCCACCACGAGCCGGUGUACAAGCUAUUGAACCUGGAGUUGACAGAGAUCACCAUCUCCCUGGUUAACAACACAGGGCUGGCUCUGAAGCAGGGUCAGACCUGUGUAGCGUUAACCCAGGGGAGUCUGGCUGCAGAGACUAACGGGAAAAACACAGCGGUUCACUACCGGAUCACCAAGCUGCCGCGGUACGGAAAGAUCCUUUGGCUGGACAACCAGGAUUUGAGGCAGUUUGAGCAGGAGGACUUAAGGACUGGUCGCUUGUUUUAUCAAAUGACGAGCGUCACAUCUGGUCAGGACAGCUUUGAGUUCAUUGUAUUUACGUCGGAAGCUAACCUGACGAAUCAGGUUGUCAACAUCACAGUUAAGCCCCUGGUGAGGUUUGGCAAGAGGGUGAGAAUACCCAAUGGCAUUGUGGUCAAACUCAACGCUGGUUUUCUCAAUGCAACUGAGCUGGCUUCUCUAACAGGCAGCGACCCCAUCUUCGAGGUCGUGUCCCAGCCAAAGUACGGCAAGCUGGCCCGAGGAAAAGCCAAAGCUGGUAUGAAAACGGAACCGGUGGAGUCUUUCUCCUUUCAGGAUGUGAAGCAGGAGAGGUUAUCCAUCGAGCUCAAUGCUAACAUGACUGAAGUGCAGGAGCUGAACGACUCGUUGGUUUUUGUCGUGAAAGCGGAGAACGUCCCACCUGCCAAGGGAGAGUUCCGCUUCACUGUCGUUCCAUACGAUCCAUCACUAGUCAGAAGAACAGAGAGUCCCAUCCUGACCACCAGCAGUCCUUUCUCUCCGUCUCUGAACCAAACGAACCAGACGACAGUGUUUGGUAUUGGGACAGCACUACCCUCCCUGUCCACCUCCUUCCUCUCCACACAGAGACCAAGCAAGACCCACCAGAAGUUCAAAGGUCGCAAUCACUGGGGACACACCAACCGCAACGACUCGACAGGUACAACUUUGGGAAAACCCACCAUGGGUAGAGGAGAAGUCCUUUCUGAGAUGCCCUUUAUGAUGACACCGGUCCGAGUAGAGUCAUACCCGCAGAGGACUUCCAACCCCCUAUUGGUGAUCCUACCUCUCCUGGUCCUGCUCCUAUUGGUCAUCAUCCUGGUGGUACUGUUUCUACUGCUGAGACGCAACAGGAAGAGGAAGCAGAAACCUCUGACCCUGAAACCGCUGCCAUCGCCCUCAACCCCACCGGCCUAUCACGACCAGCCGCAGAGGAGCGCGGCCGUUCCCACGGUAACAGUGACUCCGCUGAGCCCAAGCGGCCCUGGAAGUCUUGCCUUGGACAGGCCACUUCCUUUCGCCAAUCAGGGCUCGGUACCGAGCUGCUCGUUGAAAGCUGUAAAUCCAGAGAGUUCAGACCAGGUCAUUAGGACCACACCUCCCACUCUACAGCAGAACCAGUACUGGGUAUGACCCUGUAGCUGCUGCCACCUAGGGGAGGGAUGGGGAAGUGGACUGUCUACCCUGAACACUAACAUCCAUUCCUUACACCCCCACCAGCCCCACUCAUGGUUAAACUGUAAACCAUGACACGAAGCUAUUAGUUGUAUCUGACAUAAUCAAAGCCUUUUCUACUUAGGCUGGUAGAGCACAAUCAGUACAUGAAAUUAGAACUGACAACCACUUUAAAACACAAUCAGUAACUGGUAGCCUAUAACUGAGCAGGUAAGUGACCGCUAGUCCGCCUCACCUCAACAACCGCUGAAACAGUUCUGGCUGGCUGGAAACAUCAUUCAUGUUCUGUAGUACUAUUGCAGAAGUUAUCCCUCCAACCAUGACCCAGUGUGGGAAAGUAAAGUGCAGUGGGAUGUGGGUGCAAUUCAGAUCACGGCCUUAGUACGAAUCCCGGCCGUAGUGACUCGAUGUGUAUAACUAACAUGUUCAUAUUUGAUGUUUGCUAGCAUGAUUGCAUGAUGUUACUAGCAUGAUUACAUGAUGUCCCCCCCCCCCCCCCUUCAGAGGACACAUAUUGUAUAUAUUUUGUGUUUUUACAGCUUGUCUGCUACAUAUACAUGUAGUUCCUGCCAAGGCAGCAGCUACUCUUCCUGGGGUUUAUUAUGGAUCCCCAUUAGUUCCUGUCAAGGCAGCAGCUACUCUUCCUGGGGUUUAUUAUGGAUCCCCAUUAGUUCCUGCCAAGGCAGCAGCUACUCUUCCUGGGGUUUAUUAUGGAUCCCCAUUUAGUUCCUGCCAAGGCAGCAGCUGCUCUUCCUGGGGUUUAUUAUGGAUCCCCAUUAGUUCCUGCCAAGGCAGCAGCUACUCUUCCUGGGGUUUAUUAUGGAUCCCCAUUUAGUUCCUGCCAAGGCAGCAGCUGCUCUUCCUGGGGUUUAUUAUGGAUCCCCAUUUAGUUCCUGCCAAGGCAGCAGCUACUCUUCCUGGGGUUUAUUAUGGAUCCCCAUUUAGUUCCUGCCAAGGCAGCAGCUACUCUUCCUGGGGUUUAUUAUGGAUCCCCAUUUAGUUCCUGCCAAGGCAGCAGCUGCUCUUCCUGGGGUUUAUUAUGGAUCCCCAUGUAGUUCCUGCCAGGGCAGCAGCUGCUCUUCCUGGGGUUUAUUAUGGAUCCCCAUUUAGUUCCUGCCAAGGCAGCAGCUACUCUUCCUGGGGUUUAUUAUGGAUCUCCAUUAGUUCCUGCCAAGGCAGCAGCUACUCUUCCUGGGGUUUAUUUUGGAUCCCCAUUAGUUCCUGCCAAGGCAGCAGCUACUCUUCCUGGGGUUUAUUAUGGAUCCCCAUUUAGUUCCUGCCAAGGCAGCAGCUACUCUUCCUGGGGUUUAUUAUGGAUCCCCAUUAGUUCCUGCCAAGGCAGCAGCUACUCUUCCUGGGGUUUAUUAUGGAUCCCCAUUAGUUCCUGCCAAGGCAGCAGCUACUCUUCCUGGGGUUUAUUAUGGAUCGCCAUUAGUUCCUGCCAAGGCAGCAGCUACUCUUCCUGGGGUUUAUUAUGGAUCCCCAUUAGUCCUUGUCAAGGCAGCAGCUACUCUUCCUGGGGUUUAUUAUGGAUCCCCAUUAGUUCCUGCCAAGUCAACACCUGACCACACGACUGAACAGUAGUCCAGGUGUGACAAAACUAGGGCCUGUAGGACCUACCUUGUUGAUAGUGUUGUUAAGAAGGUAGAGCAUUGCUUUAUUAUAGACAGACUUCUCCCCAUCUUAGCUACUACUGCAUCAAUAUGUUUUGAACGUAACAGUUUACAGUCUAGUGUUACUCCAAGCAGUUUAGUCAUCUCAACUUGCUCAAUUUCCAAAUGAUUUAUGACAAGAUUUAGUUGAGGUUUAGGGUUUAGUGAAUGAUUUGUCUCAAAUACAAUGCUUUUUUAGUUUAGAUUUUUUAAUAUUUAAGACUAUCUUAUUCGUUGCCACCCACUCUGAAACUAACUGUAGCUCUUUGUUGCAGAUCGUGAGCUAAAGAUGAAAACCCUUUCCAACGAGUAUUAUUAGAUUAUUUAUUGAUUGGCUAUGGCUUUCCAAAUUGCCCAACACUGCUAUUUGUAAGAUUCAUUUUAAAUGAAUGUUGUGAUUUAUUUUUUUACCAUUCCUGAACCGGUGACCAGAAACAAGCUACACAAGGGUAAUACCAGAAUACAUGAUCUAGUGAUUCUGUCUCUUCGCAGUAAAAUCUACAGAGCUGAGAUUGUUUUAUACCCCAUAUAUAUAUAGCAUUCUGUUGGUGGCAAGAAUUUUGUAUAAAAAUGUACUUUUAAAAUCU